AUUUCAACAGUAUUUCGACUAGUUCAUGGGCUACAGCGCUCGUGCUAUCAAUGGUGUGCUAUGCGCAUGUGUGAUCAUCGGCAGCCCAGCCAACCUUCCAGCUGCAGCAGACUCCCUCUGGACUGAAGUGUCCGCCCGCCUGGUCCGGCAGCCCAUGGCGCGAGAACGCACCGUGAUGGAAGUGAUCGGGGAUGCUGCAUAUAUCUAUGGCGGGGUGGGGGAUGCCAACGACGCCGCGUUCAACGACACGUGGAAGUUUGACUUCAUUGGCCAGCGGUGGGACCAAUUGACGGUAGUGGCCAACCCAGGUCCUCGGUUCGACCACGUUUCGGUAAAAAACUAUGAUUCAGCUUACCUGCAUUAAUUUGCAAGAUCGAUGAUACCUCUUAAUAAAUGCAGGCCACAUAUGGCUCCGAUAUUUACAUUUUCGGCGGCACGACCUACGACUCCAAGUUAGUUUCAGCCAGUAACGACGGUACAGCCCCGAUGAACGACAUGUGGAAGCUCGACUCGAUGCAAGUCGAGUGGAGUGUCAUUGACGGAGGCGGACAAGGUGGGGUCGUUCGUCCAGUGUCCCGCAGCCAGGCGUCGGCCGUGUCCACUCCGAAGGCCAUGAUUGUGUUUGGGGGUGUAUUCACCCCCAAUGUCUUCUACCUCCCCCCUGUCGACUUUAACGACGUGUGGGCGUUCGAUUUCCAAAGCCAUACAUGGCAGUCUGUGGCGAUAGCAACCAAGUCCGUUUUGCCCAUUGCGCGAUUCUCACAUGUUGCGAGUACGAUUCUAGUGAAUGGUGUGGUGAAUAUGAUCGUGUUCAGUGGACGGCACAUUGUCAACACGCGGUGGUCAAUUCUGAGCGAUGCGUGGGUUCUGCCGUUGUCCACAUCGGGGGAAGCCCUACCAAUUUGGACCCAGCUGACUGUGAGCCGGCCAUUUGGUCGAAUUCUGUCGGGGAUGGUCGCCAUAGACUCGUCGCACAUGUGGUUGUUUGGUGGAUUUGCCUUUGACUCUCAGAUGCAGGCCGUGGCAUUUUCAGACACGUUGGCUGCUGAUGUGUCCUUGGUUCCCAUAGUCAGUUUGAAAACGGUCAGCACACAGACUGCCCAUGCAGAAGGCUCCAGUGUCAACGUCAACAACGGUCCGCGCGCUCGCUUUGGCCACCGUAUGAGUGUGUGGAAGGGCAAUGUCGUCGUGUACGGGGGCAGAAUUGUGCAAUGUCUGGGCGAUGUCUGGCUUCGAAAUGCAUCCUUGGCGACGCAAGGAGCAACCGACGCGACCACUGAAGACCCGUGGAGGAGUUUUACGUCGAUUAUGCUUUUGAUCAUCCUUUUCCUGCUUUCCUUGUUCCUGUGUCUGUAUAUCGCCAUGUGGGUGGUGAAAUGCUUUCGACCAGCACAGAGUUCGGUCAUGGGUGUCACAGAUGCACGACGCGUUGCGACGCGCCAAGUAGCUCCAACCGGGGGCAUCUCUGCCUCAGAUAUCGCCCAAUUCAAAGUCAUUCUGUUUACACCCUCCGCCGCCACUGCCCCCACGGACGAGAUUUGCCCCAUUUGCCUUGUGGAGUUUGAAGCCCAAGAACGCCUCCGGCAAUUGCCCUGUCAGCAUCAUUUCCAUGUCGCUUGCAUUGACGAAUGGCUCCAGCGCAACCUGACAUGCCCCAUGUGCAAAAGAGACUUGACCCUUACAGCUUCCCCCCCUCAAGCCUCUGUCACAGAUCCAGUCCAGUCCAAUGCAGUUGUGCCACCAUAUGGACCUUCGAAUGGCACAGUGUCUCCAGAGCUUCGGCGACCUGUGGCUGUGUAACACGACCAUGUUCCCCACAGACCCUAACCCAGCCCUAACGUCCUUAGCUCGAUGGUGCUUGUGUUUAGCGGGGCCUUUGGGUCUAUUCAAUUGUCGGGUAUUUGGUUUUGAUUGCCAUCCGCAUGAUACUUUCCCCAUACAUAUCCAACUCCCCCUUCAAAUGUUAUCCGACCCUAUGAUUCUGGCUUAUCUACCAUGUUUGCAAGCAUGAUGCCGCCAAAUGUGAAGAAGUCUUUGAUGUCUGAACUGGGGCUACGAUUAUAUGUUGUAACACGCGCCUAACCGCCGUCCCACCUUUCGGAACCACUAGAAUCAACAUUUACGUUUGAGUCAUAGCCGCAGCCCACAUAUCGUUAUAGGCAUGAUGGUAUCGAUGUUUGACAACUGAGCCGACGAAAUGCAACAAUUUGAGACA